GGUGCGUGCCGUCUCCGGUUUCUUCUGUCGGCGGCGGCGUUCCUGAAUCAUGCGCUAUAAGCGUCCCAGUCGGCGCGUGCGCGCUGGGUCCGGCCGCGCCGUCGGCGGCGCCGGAGGAGGCUGCGACGGACGGUCGCUGUCGACGGUGUCGCCUCUGUGCUGUCCGAUUGGCCACCAUGAGCGACGCAGGAGCGGUGCGCGCGGGAUCGCCGGACCAGAACAUGCAGGAGUUUGCCGAGACGGCGAUGAAGGAGAUGCUCAGCUGGUACGGGUACGAGCGGCGCGACUCGCCGCCGCCGCGCCGUCACUCGCCGCCGCCGGCCGAGGGCUCGGCGGCGGGGCGCCUCAGCCGACCCUCGUCACCGCUGACGGACGGCUCCGUGUCCCCGCGGCCCGUCUCCCCGGUCACGGCCGCGCUGGCCAACGACGGUGGCUGUAAGCGGACCCCGGUGGUGUGCUCCUGGUGCAAUAAACUCGGUGCUCAGCUCUACACUAUGGGCUCGAAGGCCUUCUGUUCAGAGCCGUGCUUCAGUCAGUCAAGAGUGGCCAAUUUCCGGAAGACAAAGCUCUGCGAUUGGUGCAAGAACAUUCGAGACUCACUAAACAUCGAAUUUAUCAACGGGGAUCAGCAGCUCCAAUUCUGCAGUGAGAGCUGUUUAAACGCCUACAAGAUGAACAUAUUCUGCAAGGAGACGGAGGCGCACAUCCAGAUGCUGCCCCAGCUGCGGGAGCUGGUGUCGCGCUCCUCCAAGGACCCGCUCAUCACUCCCGAGAUGUGGCUGCGCGACCGGCCGCCCAGUGGCGCCGCCGCGCCCGCCGCCGAGCCAGCGCCCCCGACCGGCGACGAGGGCAGCGCCGCGGCGGCGGCCAGCGACCGGCGCCGAGUGCGACGCGCUCGGCCCGACCCGCAGCGGCCGCCGCCGCGCGGGGUACGCGCCCGCAGUCACACCAUGCCCGUGCUGGAGCUGCGCGAGCGGGCCCGCAGGAGGCCGUCGGCGCCCUCCCGGCAGCCCCCGCCGCCGCCGCCACCCCCCGCCGGCAUGGCGCCGGCUGCUGCGUGUCCGCCGGCGACCGGCCCGCCUGCGGCGCUGUGGCAGCGCUACCACUUGCUGCGGCCGGGCGCGCCGGCCGCCGCCGCGCCGCCGCCCCCUCCGCCGCUGCCGCUCGGCCUGCCGCCGGUGACGGUGAUGCUGCCGGUGCCGGUGGCCGUGCCGGUGCCGGUGCCGGUGCCGCUGCCCAUCCCCGUGCCGGAGGACCUCUGUCGGGAGCUGCUGGCGCGCUAUCAGUGCCGUGAUCAGCCGGCCGCGGCGCCUCCGCCCGCAGACUGCCCCAUUCUGAAGCGUGAGCUGGAGAAGGAGUCGGCCUCCGGGUCCGACACAGAGGGACUGGACCUGACCGUUCGAAAACGGAAGACAGAUCACCCCAGGAAAAUUAAAAUGGAGGAAGAUGACUUUGAUUGAUUGGGGUGCUAAAAUUUGUAGAUAUUGAUGUGACGUGCUUCGGACUGUGUUGUGUAAAAAAAGUUGUCAAUAAACUAUAUCUUUAUCGACAUAUCCACGAGCUGGUAGAGUAGAGAAUCCAAAGUGAGCACUACAACAGCAUUUAGAUUUCCGACUCGGUGACUCGACAAGAUUCAAUGCACCCUUGGGUGGCUGACCA